AUGGCCAUCCCAACGACACGACCCAAACUCAAAAAGGCCUUCAAAAAGGCGCGCACUAUCGCGCCGCUGUACACAUCUGGCCCGGUUGCUUCAACUUCAGACGGGGAGAGGUUGGCAACAUGUGUUGGUGAAGAGAUCGUCUUGACCGACGUAAAAUCUGGGGAGGAGCUUUGUCGGUUCGCUGGGGACACUGAAUCUAUAACCUCUCUUUGCAUCACCGCUUCUGGCAAAUACUUGAUCGCCUUCAGUGCCUCCCUAUCCCUCAGAAUAUACGAGCUGCCCCAAACCGAAAUCCCCACCGAAAAGAUCAGACCAAUACGAACGAUUGGUCGAGCUCAUGAUGCCCCGGUUCACGUCUGCACCUCCGAUCCGACUUCGACUCUCCUAGCCUCAGGUUCCGCGGACGGUAUUGUCAAAGUUUGGGACGUCGCUCACGGCUAUGUUACGCACGUAUUCAGAGGGCAUGGAGGAGUGGUCAGCGCCUUGACGUUCAACUUCCCUCAAGAUCCAACCUCCGUAGGCCAAACUGGACCCAUUCGACUGAUAACAGCCUCUGUGGAUACGCAUAUCCGAAUCUUCAACCUUACGGACGGCGCAUCGACAUCCUCCGGGGGCGGAAAACCUGAAGCAGUGCUUGAUGGACACGUAUCUGUUCCUCGAGGACUUGAUGUUUCCCUGGACGGCAAGUGGUUGAUCAGUGGUGGACGUGACUCGGUUGUUUUGCUUUGGGAUCUUCAACCUUCGCAGCAACCUACUUCUAAAGUGACGAAGAAGGGUGGAAAGGGAAAGAGUGCCGGCCCCCCACCUCAGCUUGUCAAGACUGUGCUUGCCUUGGAGCGGGUGGAAGCUGUUGGAUUCAUCAAGCACAGUUCGAAGUACCAUCAGCAGUUGCAUGAACUUCAAUUUUACGUUGGUGGGCAGAAGGGGGUUGUCACUGUUCGAGGCGUGGAAGAUGAGCAGGACUCGUUUGUGUUGGGGGAAAAGAGGACACGAGCUCUCACGGAAGAGGAGGAAGAACAGAGACAAAUUGUCAACAUCCUUUACUCGCAGUCGACGGAGACCUUGGUGUCUAUCCAUGCUGACCAAAAUAUCAUGAUCUACUCGCUCGCUCAGCAGCGCCUGAAGAAACAACUGGUUGGAUUCAACGACGAAAUUGUUGACUCUACCUUUGUUCGCUCAAAACCGACAGAUACAUCUCCCCUUCUUGCAUUGGCUACCAACUCGUCCCUUAUCCGCGUCUACUCUCCCGCCACUCUCGACGCUCGUCUGCUGGAGGGCCACACCGACAUCGUUCUGGCACUGGACAAGAGCGCCGAUGGAACGUUCCUUGCUAGCGCUAGCAAGGACAAGGAGGUUCGUAUCUGGGCACCACGGCAAGAUCCUAACGACGAAUCUGCAUGGGGCUACGCGUGCGUUGCGGUUUGCAGGGGACACGCAGAGAGCGUUGGCGCUCUGGCAAUGUCUAGGGUGAAUGAAGGUUCUGGCUCUGCCUUGAAGUUUGCGUUCACUGGCAGCCAGGAUCGCACCAUCAAAAUGUGGGACCUCUCAGAGGUCACAGCGACUCCCUCUAACGACGAAAUCAUCCACUGCAAGAGUCUUACCACGCAUAAAGCUCACGAAAAGGACAUCAACUCGCUCGAUGUUUCGCCCAACGACAAACUCCUCGUAUCCGGUUCUCAAGACCGUACCGCCAAAGUCUAUACCGUCGACUUUACACGCACUUCUAGCGGAAACCGCGGCGAGCUCCGCCUUUUGGGAACCUGCAAAGGUCACAAGCGCGGUGUCUGGACUGUUCGUUUCUGCCGGACGAAUAGGGUUUUGGCGACAGGCAGUGGGGACAAGACGAUCAAGCUUUGGAGUCUGGAUGACUUUGCUUGCAUCAAGACGUUUGAAGGGCAUACGAAUUCGGUGCUUAGGGUGGAUUUCUUCAAUGCUGGGAUGCAGCUCGUGAGCACUGCCUCGGAUGGGCUUGUGAAGGUGUGGGGCAUUCAAGAUGAGGAGUGUGUUGCUACUCUGGAUAACCAUGAGGACAAGGUAUGGGCUUUGGCUAUCACACCUGAUGAGGGGACUGUUGUCUCUGGUGGUGCCGACUCUAUGGUUACUUUCUGGGAGGAUUGUACUGAAGAGACCGAGUUGGAACAAGAGCAACAGCGAGCUGAGAUGGUUCUCAAGGAUCAAGAGUUCCAAAACUAUGUAUCGUUGGGUGACUACAAACGAGCGAUUCAACUAGCAUUGUCACUCGGGCAACCCGGCCGUCUCCUAUCGCUAUUCACCAAUGUCCUUUCUUCCGCUGGGGAAGACGAGGGCUCGAAUAAGGGAAGCCAGCUGCUUGAUCAAGUGAUGCAAACGCUCGAAGCACCCGACUUUGUGAAGCUCCUCGCGUUCAUCCGGAAUUGGAAUGCAUCUGCGAAGACAAGUGCCGUUGCGCAGGCUGUCUUGCACUCGAUCGUCAAGCAGCGAUCAGCAGACGAAGUCAUCCAAUACUUCAAGGACGAGGCUGCGAUUAAGAAUCUCACCAUCGGGCCCGGGAAGGUGGUUGCCCCGCUCCCUUCGUCUGGCGAUGCGCUGAAGGAGGUGGUCGAGGCAUUGAUCCCUUAUUCGCAGCGCCACUUGGCGAGGAUGGAGCGACUCCUCCAGGAGAGCUAUGUCGUUGACUUUAUCCUUGGGGAGAUGGACAGCGGGAUGUUCGAGAGUGCGGUGGACGAUGAUGACGGCAUGGAUAUUGAUUACUAG